CGGAAGACCCAUCCCAGCAGAUUAGUCGCGAGAAAGAAUACCAACCAGUGCCAGAGCUCCCGGGGGUCGGCUAUAACAGUCUGCCUCUGCAUUACGAAGUUGGAAAUUCGAUCGGAAAGACGGAAAAAUGGGUUUAUUCGUGGUGGUGUUGCUGGUGGCCAUAGGCGCUUCCUCGGUGACGCCUUCUUCGCAAGAAGCCCUGCCAAGGUCAUUCGCGAAAAGGGAAGCCCAAGGCAAUUACUACGCCCCUGACGCGUAUUACGCUGAUGAUCCAUACUACACCUUUCGGAGGGAGGAUCCUCCCCCCGCGGAGGAGGAAGAGAGCUCAUCCUCCAAGGUCGUUGACUUGUACUUUCAGCUGUUCGGAAAGGAGAAGGAGGAAUGCGGCAUUGAAAGGCUCUCGCCACCCAUUAUCAUCAUUGCCAUUUUCCUGGGCAUCAUCAUGGCCGUCAGCAUUGGGGUGUUGCCCCCACUGCAGAUCCCCCCAAUAAUCAUCCCACUGAACGGCCUCCUUUUGCCCAACCUGCUCCUGCCCAAUAUCCUCACACAGCUCUUCAACAACCCAGGGAUCUUCCCCGUCAUACAGAUCCCGCCGAAGGGGAGGGCGUCCUCAGGCGACGACGAAGAACCUUACUACGGCAACUUGAUCGCUGGGUCCUUCGAUAUGCUCACAAACCACGUGAUGGACGUCAUCGAGAGCGAGGAGUGCGGUAAGAGGUUAUUGUGCGAGUCCGGGAAGUACGUCGAGGGAAGAGAACUGCUGUUCAGGAUGAUGGAUUUCUUCGUGCCCGAGGUCUACCAAAACGGCGUGGCGGUGAUGAAGGACUCGGCCCUCGAGCAGAUGAACUGCACGAGCAUCGCCUGCAGUUACAUUGACGACGAUUGUUUCCACUGAUCGAGCAGCGACCGAGAAGACCUGGCGAGCACUCCUUGGGGUGACUGACCUAAUCGAGUGACUGAUUAACUCACUCGCUUCGAAAUAGGUGAAGUUGUAUGAGGUCUUGUAGAGUGGGUACGUAAUGUAGAACGUGUUAUUUUAUUCACGUAAUGGCAGAUAACUGUGAAUUUUUUUUCCAUUUUUUUAUUUCCGUCACGGGACUCCCGUGAGUUCCACAGUUAGUUAAAGUAUGGGCCAAAGAU